AUGAUACAGUUUACUUAUCAACUAUUUGUUAUUUGGAUGAUAAAUAUAGUUGUUUGUCAGAAACUAUUACAUAUUGGUAUUAUCUAUGAUAGUGAAUUAGGUAUAACAGGAGAAGCUUUAAUCAACCGAUUUAGUGAAUUACAGGAAAAAAUGGAAUACUAUGCAGAUUUCCCUAUACGAAAUUAUUCAUUGGCAAGCCCACCGAAAUUAAAGUUAACUAUAAGAGAAUUUACUUUUGGUUUAGUGUGUAAUUUUGUUGAAAAUGAUGUACAUGUGAUUAUAAGUUUAACAACAUGUACCCUUGCACAGUUAAUAGAAGCACAAAUUACACCAUACAGAAUACCACAUAUUGCUAUACCUAGACCAGCAUGUUCCAGAGAAAUAAUUAAUUUAUCAAAUGUUAAAAUGACGACAACAACAAUAUGGAUUCAACCAACACCUGAACAGACUGGUAGAGCGAUAUAUGAAAUGAGCGAAAUUGAACGUGCUUCACAAGCAUUAUUACUAGCCGACAAACCGAACCUGGAGACAAAUAUAGCUCUUGAUUAUAUUUUACAAGCAGAAAUGAAUGAUGAAAAAUUUGUUCCAUACAUUUCAACUCAAAUGUUCUCAAUUACUAAUCAAUCAAAUCCUAUGUAUCCCACAUCAAACACUUAUGAUACAAUCGAUGUUUUACUGAAACGUUUUCAAAAUAUGAAAUCAAGAUCAUCAUCAUUUCUAUUAAGUCAUAUAUUUCAUAUUCAAGUUAGACCACAUGAUUUAAAUCAAUUGUAUAUGAUAUAUCAAGACAGAUUUACUUUUCGUAAUCUCUACUGGAUAUUACCAACCACAUUGACAAUUACACCAAAUGAAUUAAUUCGUGUAGCUACGACCAAUCAGUUUGAACAAGUUGCAACAGGAUUUUUUCGACAAUUUCCAAUUUUAAAUGAAGAAGACUGUUUAAAUCUGAAUGUUGGUGAGAAUAUGAGAUUAUUAAUGAGUGAAAUAUUUCAAUGUAAUACAAAUAAUAUAACUGAGCGUGAAUUGGAAGCUGUUUACAUGAUAUUAUUAUCGAGUCAAGCUACAAUUUUAAUGAAAAGUCUUUCAAUAGACUUUUGGGAUAUUCCAUCUAUUUCAGAUUGUGAUGCUCCUUCGUUUCAGCCUAGACCAUAUGGUCAAUUGUUUUAUCGCCUUCUUAUUAGUCUAGCAGAAUUACCAAAAUGGAAAAAUUUAUUAUUCUAUUCAUUGGAAACAGAUGUAGAAGGAAAGAGUAAAUUUUUAUUAACUGGAAAUUUCUCAGAAAAUGGUGAUAUUCAAUUAAGUGAAUAUGCAAAAUUUGUAGCAAAACAAGGUCUAUUAAGCGGUUUAUUUCCAAAUACAUUUCGUACAUUUCAAAAUAAAACCAUCAAUAUUUCAACAUCAUUUGAUCCACCAUACAUUGUACGUGGUCAAAUAACUAAAGACAAUGAAUUACUCAAUGCAGAGGGUUUAAUUAUAGAUAUAUUAAAUGAAUUUUCACUUCGACUUCAAUUUCGUUACCGACUUUUCCUCCCACCUGACGGAGAAUAUGGAGUGAAAAUUACAAAUACAACAUGGAAUGGUAUGAUUGGUGAAUUACUAGCUGGAAGAACUGAUAUUAUAGCUGCACCAUUAACAAUAAAUAAAGAAAGAUCACAAGAUCUUUUCUUUAUUGGACCAUUUAUGGAAGAUACUCUAGGGAUUUUAUUAAAUAUUCCCGAACAAAAUGAAGAAUUAUUUCAAAUGUUUCUACCGUUUCGUUAUGAUAUUUGGUUAUGUUUAAUUGGUUCAAUAUUUAUAGCAGCUUUCCUAAUAACAAUAUUUAGUAUAAUCAGUCCAUUCAGUGCAUGGAAUUUGGCUUUGCCAGGUGCUACUUCUGAUGAGGUUUCAAUAUACCACAGUGUUUGGUUCACAGUUGGUGGUAUGCUUAUGCAAGGACAAGAACUGCGUGCCAUCGCUUGCUCUGCAAGGACAGUAACACUUCUUUAUUGGCUUUUAGUUUUGGUGAUUCAAGCCACUUGGCAGGCUGAUUUGACAGCUUUUUUAACUAGGAAUACAAUACAAAUGCCUGUAUCGUCGUUAGAAGAUCUUGCAACUUCAGGAUUAUCAUUGGGAGCUAUUAAAAACAGUGGUACAGUAAAAAUGAUACAGAGUGCAACUUCCAAUGAAUAUUACUCAAUAGUAUAUGAAAAAAUUAUGAAAAAUCCAGUUAUCCUUAAAAACAUUAAUGAUAGUAUAGCGUACGUCCGCAACAGUACUAAAAAUGUUGUACUAGAUGACAGAAUACAAUUAAUGCAUAAUUUACCUGACAAUGAGGAAACUUUGACAGUUGUUGAUGAUAAGAAAGUUAUAGUACCAUUUGGAUUCGCUGUAAGGUUAGGUGAAGAAUACGCUCCACUAAUGCUUAAUUUUAUGUCAAUUCUUCGAGAAAGAGGAGUUAUUGAUCACUUACUUGAGAAAUGGAAUGUUGAAAAAGUAAAAAGUACCUCAAAUACAGCCACUUUCAAUUUAAUUACAUUGUACAAUAUAUCUGGUGCUUUUAUUGUACUUUCUGUAUUCGUUGUAACAAGCCUAAUUGUUUUAAUCAUUGAAAUAAAAUGGCAUAAAUAUUCAUUAAAGAAAGAGAAACUUCAUCCCAAAUCAAAAAAUUCUUCUGAUGGUCAUCCAUCCUUAUUGAGACGCUUCACACAUCCGAAAGAUGAAAUACCUAAACCGAAAUUAGACUUAUCUCGUAAUCCUACAUUGAAACAGUUAAGAUAUGCUGGACAUAGAAGAGCUUCGGCAGCAUUCGACGCUACAGUCAUCACAGCUGAAAAUCAAACCGAAUCCAAUUUAGAAUAAAUGAUGAUUUAAUUAUGUGAUUCAAACUUCAUAUUACAAUUCAUGAUUAUAAUUUAAAAAUAAGUCAUCUACAGUAGGUCUUUUUGUAGUACACACAAAUUUAUAUAUUGUAGUGAUAAAUAUGCACCAAUUUUGAAAUUAUUAUGUUUAACAUUAACAUAGAAAAGCUGCAUAAAUAAACA